AUCGUGUGAUGUUUUUAAACUGCGGAGCUUCACUGAAAAAUGUGCUGCGAAAUCCACACAUGAUCAUCUGUUUCAUUGCCUACAUGCUGUGGCUUCAUAUUGGUUAGCCGUUUCAACAGAGCAAAAUACUGACGAGUUAUGUAAAUUUCAAGUGAAACAGGAAAAUAUGAAACCUUAUCAUUGACAGGAAUCAGGCAAGGACAAAACAGCUUCACCUUCAACACAUCAGGAAAGAGUCAUCUUACAGACUUACAAUAUAUACUAAUACACUAAGGUUGAAGUCCAUUUCUCCCAUCUGCAGCAUGACUCUGACAGUGUCCCAUGAAGAGGGAAUGAUGGUCAUCACCAUCACCUCCAACCCAAAGAGCAAAUGGCCCGCGGUGUGUCAGAUUCUGAGUUCUCUGUGCUAUGGUCCUGUAUGUUUCGCAUCUGAGGAUAUGAAAGAGAAGUUGACAGACACCCAGAGAGUUAUUGGGAUUGUACAGAUAGUAGUUGCAGUCAUGAAUCUUGUGUUGGGUUGCUUUGGCAUCAUCUUCUUUAUUACUACCACUUCAGUCAACAGUAUGGUGCUGUCGGUUCUUCAGCUCUUUGUGGUUGUCAUUUUCUGUAUUUUGACCAUAAAAUCUUUGUGCAAGAAUGGUGGGAGUGCAAAGUUGGUGGACAAAACAGCCUCAGUAUCUAGAAGUGGAAUAAGCCAACAUUCACUUCCGUUUGGUUGCAGCUGUAGCAUGACUCUUGCAUCGUCUCAGGAUAUGAAAGAUAAGCUGACAGACAUUCACACAGCACUUGGGACUGUACAGAUAAUGGUUGGUGUCAUGAAUAUCACAAUGGGUUGUUUUGGCUUCAUCUUUUCUUUUUGGAUCGGUGGUGUGUUCCUUGUUGUUGGUAUUACAUCUGUUCACGCAGUGAAGUUUCCUCGUCCUAAGCUGCUGCUCAUCGCAGUGAUUCUGAAUGUAGUCAGUGCUGCACUUGCUAUCACAGCUGUUGUGCUGUAUUCAAUGGACCUAGCAAUGGGAAGCAGUUCAAGCUGUUACCGAGAACAUGGUUAUUAUUCAUCUUAUAAUGACUGGUUUACCCAUAAAAUGAGUAACUUUGAGUCCUGUAUUUACUACAAGAAUCUCAAUCAGAUGAUCCUCGGAGGACUAGAUAUCAUGAUGAUAGCGCUGUCCGUCCUUCAGCUCUGUGUGACCAUCAGUUUCUGUGUUGUGACUGGGAAAGCUUUGUGCAAGAAGGAUGAAGAUGUAAAGUCGGUGGAGGAUCCAGAACUUCACAAGCCGCUCCUGGAAGACGUCACUGCUGCUGCUGUGUGACACAGAUAAAGAUAAACACACACAUUUACAAAGUUUUUAUUUUUCCUUUCAAUGGAAUGACAUUUCAUCUCUCUUUUUAAUAAUGCAAUGAUGUCACUGUAGUAAUAUCCAAGUUACAUCUUCAUUCUUGCCUUUUAAAAUGAAUUGUUUCUGGAAAAGGGAACUUUUGGACUUCUUUUAGAAAUAAAGGUUUUAUUUUAAUCAAGAAAAGCUGUAAUUAACUCAUUUGCAUGUAGUUUUAUUAUGUCACAUGAAAUGAAAUUUGUAAAUGUUAAAAGUUGAAUCCACUUGCUGUGGGACUACAUUAAUCCUUUUUGUUGUAUCGACUAAAAUCAGGCAGUUUUUGUUAGUAGAGGGAAAGACUUGUUAGACUAUUUAAUGCUUUCAUGUUUGUUGGACUUUUUGUGGUUCCCAUUGUGAGCAUAGUGUUUGUGGUUAUAGGCCGUGGGAGCUAACAAAAGUGCAAAGCUGCAAACUAUGAUAUAUGUUGCUUUCAAUGAGUAAAAACUGUGAUGCAAAAUCCCCACUAAUUCAUUAAGUAGGCUACAAAAAUUGCAUUUCACAAUUCUGUUAUUAAUGCACUCAACAAUGUUAACACAUCUAUCAUUGUUAUAUUCUAUUUUAUUUUUUAUAUUUAAUGCUCUUCAGCAAUUAAAUUAGAAACGUACAGUUCACAUAGUUUAAUUUCAAAUAAAAAUUUUAAUCUGUGUAGAAUUACUCAAAGGUUCACCGAAAGAUAAGACAAAACACUAAACUUUUUCAUUAAAAGUGAAAGGACCCUGACAUACAGUAUAGCAAACUCCCAAAUAAAGAAAGUUUAAAUGUUUUGAUAAAAUGUGCAAGGAAAAAGAAAUAAAAGUGUGUUAGAAUUACAUUAAU